CGAGAACGCGGAUGGGGAUUUUUAAGGACGCCAGCGUGAAACCAUCUUUUACAACAUCUUAUUUAUAUUUAGCCGUUUUCUACUUGUUAAUAUACUAAUAUGAAUUUUUUUAGAGGCUAAAAGCAAGGUGUUCUAAAUACGAAGAUGGGCUGUCGAUACCUCUAAGAUUCCGAUGCUCCGGUUAUCAUGCCCAGUGAGUACGAGCGUGCUGGUUAUAUGAAAGUAACGGAAUUGCAUUGUGCUUUAGCUCAGAAGUGUAGGGAAGGGAAAUUUGAGAAGAAAAAGACUUCUGGGGGUGGAAUUAUUAUGUUCAACAGAGGAACGUCAUCAUCUGCAGGAGUCCUCGACAACAACGAAGAAGAAGACAUCUCACAGCUAAUCGCGGACCUACUCAUCGAACAUGAGAAGAUUGUCCUGUUCACAAGACAUCACAGAGUCACUGAUAAAAUGCAGGAAUUGCUGGAAGAUACUUAAGGGUAGGUUAAAGGUGCUUUUCUUACCGCUUUUUAUGCCUCUCCUAAGGGAGAAAGGCAUAACAAGCGGGGUAAGCGAGCACCAAAAACCUACCUCUAAGAUACAUCGAUAAAGGAGUGCUUGGACCUCGAAUACAUCUACCACAUCGACGGAAGAAUACCAGAGGAAGAGCGACAGAC